UAGGGCGGUAGAUACGCCGUGUAUAUUUAUGACAGGUGUCAAUACUGAACGUGCUCUAUAACAUUUCAUUAACCAGCCCGACGACAAACCAUUGAUGAUGAUGAUGACGCCUUAUUAUUAUUAGCAUUUGCUUUCAAGUUCAGUAGCCUACAACCGAAUGGAUGUCGCGAAAUAUUUGCGUUGACAAUAAUGCCAGCAAAAGACCCGCUUAUCGAAACACUUAAAGUGUGUAUUCUGAAUUUGAAAUCGGAGGGGACCGUGACCGACUCCAAUCCACACCUGCCGUCCUGCUGUGAGCUCCUGGAACUGAUACUACGAAAGGGACUCCAGCAACCUGUUCUCAGCUUGGCACACAGAGAUUAUUGGCAUUGUUUCGAACAGCUUCUUCAACACGACACAUGUGGCAGGUUGAGUUCGAUCUCUCUGGCCGUGCAACAGAGCACAGCCUGCAGCAAACUCAUUACAUCUCAAGGCCGAGGACGCUUCUUCAUACGGCUCAUGCUGAUGAGGAGAACACUGGGAAGUGUAGUGAAACAUCUUCUCCACACAAACAAAAUAAUCGAGUGGUACUGCCCUAACAUUUCUAUUCUGAGAAAUGAGGAGUUUUUAGAGCCAUUUCUUUCGCUGUCUAUGGUGUUGUCGGAAAUGGACUUCAAGAUCAGUGCUGAGAACUGCAGCUUCCUAGAUGAAAGCUGGCUGCUUCCGGUGUGUCAGAUCUAUGAAGCCGUUCCCUGUCGGGAGCUGGGAAUAGUGCUCAGGUACCUAGAUGGACGUGUGUUUGUGUUGGAUCUGCUUCAAGGUAGUCAAGCUCAGGUGGAUAUGUUCGCAGAGCCUGGUGACAUCAUUGAUGAAAUAAAUGGGAUUUCACUGAGGAAUGCAAGCAAUGGGCAGGCAGGUGUGGUUCUGUCUAAACUCAAGGGUCAGCCGCUCUCCAUUCACUUCAUACGCUGGAGAGGAGAAGAUGGCUCCAUCUAUCAGCCGCUGGUCAAACACUUACGGCAGCUCAAACAAGAAAAACCCUCGCUUCAGUUUGGCCCCAAACCAGCCUCUCAGCAGGACAAAACCACAGCAGCUCAGAAGAAAAGCCAGAUGCAGUGUGUGAAAGAUGGCAGGAUCCUGUACGCCGUGGACCUCUUAGGAAAAGCAAACAUAGGAAUGUAUGGAGGUAAGGAGGUUCUGCAGCAUGCCAUUCCUGUGGUUCUGGAGAGCAGACAGACAAGAAAGGAAGUUCUGCUGGAUGUAAAGGAGACUCAUCUUACCUGCAUAGAUAAGUCUAAUAAGCAGGAGCUGUUUCAACACCACUUCCCCGAGAUAUCAUGUGUUGGGAGAUUCGGAAGCCAACCGGAUUUAACCAUUUUUGCUUUUUGUGUAUUAGAUGCACCACAAGCUGGCAAACCGGCAGGCUUCUGUUGUGUGGUCCUACAGUCUGCUAACUGUAGUGAGUGUGAAGAGAUUGUGAACCGUAUAGCUGCUGGGUUCAAACACACAGAAUGGUUUGUUUGAAAAUCUCAAACCUUGAGUAAACUGGACAUCUUUAAAUGUGCAUUGUGUAUUUACUAUAUAAUAUAUUGUUACAUAUAACAAUAUAAAUAUAUAAAGAUAUCUAUAGUUUAUUGUUUUGCAUUUGUAUGUAUGAUAGUUUGUAAUACCUUACUGUAAUAUUCUGUAUA